CAACUGAGUCACCCAGCAAUCAAACAGAAACACUCUCCAGCUUUACAGAGUCUCCUCUCAGCAAGUGUCAGACUGCUGACAGAGAAAUCAGCUGCAGGGGCAUCGGCCUGACUCACCUGCCAAUCAUCCACAACCUGCUGGCCACAAACCUGGACGUGGCAGAGAACAACAUCAGAGUCAUCGCUCCUGAAGAUUUCUCUGGUUUGCUGAACCUGGAAACACUGGACCUGAGCAAUAACAAACUGGAUGAUGAGUCGUUCGGCCAAAACCCCCUGUCUAACUUGACCUUUCUGAAGAAGCUGAACCUGGAUGGCAACCAGCUCACCAGGAUUCCAGAACUGCCUUCAUCUCUGGAGGAGCUCAAGAUUAACAACAACAAACUCAGUGCGCUCACCCCUCUCUGUUUCAAAGGUUCGAUGAAGCUGUUGAACCUGGAGCUGGAGGAGAAUACUCUCCAUGAGGGCAGUGUAUCAUCAGAAGCCUUCAGACCACUUGAAAGACUUUUGAGCCUCCAGUUGGACAACAACCGCUUUCGUUCCCUCCCUCUGGGCCUUCCUCCCUCUCUUCAGGAGCUGGAGAUAAAUAAGAAUCUGAUUGAGGAGGUGAGAGAGGAGGCACUGAGGGGCUGCAUCCAUUUGAAAGUGCUGGACCUCAGUCACAACCUGCUGCAUGAGCAAGGCAUCGACGCUUACGCCUGGGCCCAUCUCAAGUCUCUGGAAACCUUGGACCUGUCCCACAACCAAUUCACCUCUGUCCUAAUGAAUCUGCCUCGCCAUCUCCGUAAACUGACCCUCGACCACAACAACGUCAGUCACAUCCCUGCCUUCACAUUCCGUCACCUGCGGCCUGGCCUACAGUCCCUCCGUCUAUCCCACAAUGCCUUGAGCAACAAUGGUAUCGCACGAGUCUCUUUUGUUGGAACAUACCGCUCUUUGAGUGAGCUCCUGUUGGACAACAAUCACCUGGGGGAAAUUCCUCGCUGCGUUCGAGAGUUUAAGAACCUACAGGUGCUGAGGCUGGAUAGCAAUUGGAUCAGGCUGGUGAGGAAGUGGGCGGUGUGCCACCCUCGUAAUUCUGGCUCCACCUUGGCUUCGGUCCACUUGGAAAAUAAUCUGCUGGAAGUGGAGAGGAUUCCCCCAGAUGCCUUCUCUUGUCUCACUGACACUCAGGGACUGGUCCUCUUUCCACAGCGGGAGCAACCAUCCAACCAAUAGACCACACAGUGGGACAGACAUACAGUACAAGAACAGAUACAUAGCCACAAUAAAUGCAUGUGCACCCUCAUAAGGGCCUCACAGAAAAAUAUUUUUGUUAGUCAGUGCCGACAUCUUAUUGUCUCCG